UUGCUGGAGAAGAAAGGGGAAGCUGGACUGAAAUUAAGAUAGUUUUCUUAACUGGCUAUUUCUCAAAAUUCCUUCCGUAUAAAAGAAAUCGAAAGGAGAUUUACCUUAGCUAAGGAGUAUGAUAAAUCCUAAACUGUGUUUCAGAUCACAUAUUAGAUGACAGUUUAACUGAGAGCCCCCCCCCAGCGAAAAGUAGUAAUAGACCAAGGUGAUGAAACAGGUCUAAGAAGACUUCUGAAGACAAAAAGCUGUUAACAGAAAAAUCUAAGAAAAGGUCAAAAAAGCAGAGUUGAACCUGUCCUUCCUGGAACAGUCAGGCUAAAUAGAAGAGAUUUUCAUUAUCCAAUGACAGAGAAAUCUAGUUGAGAAACUUACUGAAGAAAGCUACACAGUUAUUGAGAAUGCUAAUUGAGGAUAAUUGCUGACUUUCCUGCAGGGAUGAGGCUGACCAAUCACAGCACCUCCAAUAUACUGAAGGAACUGAAUUGAGUUGCAGGUGUCUCAAGUGUUUUCAUAGGGACUAGAGGUAAAGCACCAAUGAGGCAGAAAAAAAAAAUCAGAGAAAUAGCCUCUUAACAGCCAGAGCACUCCCUGUUCACAAGUGGAUGAUGAAGUUUUCUUAAAAAGCUGAUGAAAGAACUGUAACCACAGAACCCCUACAUGUAUUGUAACAAGGUUAGGGGACCCCCCAAAAAAAAGAAUUGAUGGCCAUAGAAGCUGGAAGAAGGCCAGGGAAAGCAAUAUUUGGAAGAAAAAAAGAGAAAAGCAAUGCUUCAUUAAAAGCAGAGCUCAACACUUGGUGGAAAUCAGAAACAUCCAGAAUGACUGAUAUGACCAAGCUUCACCAGGCUGUUUCUGUAGGAGACUACAAUUUGGUAAUGAAAAUGCUAAAUAAAGGGCUUUAUAAUCCAAACCACAAAGAUGAAGACUGGAAUGACCGGACUCCACUUCACUGGGCUGCAAUUAAAGGACAUGUUGAAAUAGCAAAACUUCUAAUAGCCUAUGGAGCCAGACCCUGUUUGGUGACUGAUGUCGGUUGGACCCCGGCACAUUUUGCAGCUGAAUCAGGUCGACUAGGAGUGCUCAAAAUUCUCCACAUGCUGCAUGCUGCCAUUGAUGCCCCAGAUUUUUUUGGAGAUACUCCAAAGAGAAUUGCAGAGAUCUACGGGCAGGAAGAAUGCACAGCAUUCCUAGAGAAAGCUGAAGUUGAGUGUCAGGCCCAUCGAUUAAUGAGCCAGGAGAAGGGGCUGCCAUUAGACCAGAAAGAUGAAGAAUGGGAACUCAAGAAACAAGAACUCGAAAAGCCUUUCUCUUAUCUAAAUCAAAAGAAAAAUAGGAAAAAGAUGAAAAACUCUCAAGUUCCCCAUUAGGCUCCAUGUGGUUGAGCUCAGUGUUUGGCAAGGGAAAUCACAUAAAUAAAGCAAGAUACUCUCAAA